GCGGCGGAGCGGCGCGGAGCGGAGCGGGCGGCGGUGCGGGCUGCGGUACCACCAGCAGCGGCGGCUCUGCGGGGCCGCGCCGGUCUCGGCCACCCCCGGACUCCCCUCCGGCUCUGCCCGUCCCUCCGCCUCCCUCCCCCCAUCCCCUUUUUUUUUAUUUUGCCGCCCCCCCUCAUUUCUCCCAGCAACGCCGCCCCCCGCCCCCCCCCGCAGCAAGAUGGUGCAGAAGAAAUCAGAGAUCCCGGGAUUCCACCGCUCCUUCAAGGGGCAAAACCCUUUCGACCUGGAGUUCGACCAGUCCAACCACCUGGAGCCCGUCUUCAACUUCGAGUGCCCGCCCCGUCCCGACAUGCCUUCAAGUCAACCCAUCGACAUCCCUGAUGCCAAGAAAAGGAACAAGAAGAAGAAGCGCUGCAGAGCCACCGACAGCUUCUCGGGCAGGUUCGAAGAUGUUUACCAGCUGCAGGAGGAGGUGCUGGGAGAAGGGGCCCACGCCAGAGUCCAGUCCUGCGUGAACCUCAUCACCAACAAGGAGUACGCGGUGAAGAUCAUCGAAAAGCGCCUGGGACACAUCCGGAGCAGGGUUUUCCGGGAGGUGGAGAUGCUCUAUCAGUGCCAGGGACACAGAAAUGUGCUGGAGCUGAUUGAGUUCUUCGAGGAGGAGGAGAGGUUUUACCUGGUGUUUGAGAAGAUGAGGGGAGGCUCCAUCCUGACCCACAUCCACCGGAGACGCCACUUCAACGAGCUGGAGGCCAGCGUGGUGGUGCAGGAUAUCGCCAGCGCCCUGCACUUUCUGCACAACAAAGGGAUUGCACACAGGGAUCUGAAACCAGAAAAUAUCCUGUGUGAGAGCCCAGACCAGGUCUCCCCAGUGAAGAUCUGUGACUUUGACCUGGGAAGUGGCAUCAAACUGAACGGCGACUGCUCCCCUAUCUCCACUCCAGAGCUGCUCACCCCGUGUGGCUCAGCCGAGUACAUGGCCCCAGAGGUGGUGGAAGCCUUCAACGAGGAAGCCUCAAUCUACGACAAGCGCUGUGACCUGUGGAGCCUGGGUGUCAUCCUGUACAUCAUGCUCAGUGGGUACCCCCCCUUUGUGGGCCACUGUGGCUCUGACUGUGGCUGGGACCGGGGUGAGGCGUGCCACACCUGCCAGAACAUGCUCUUUGAGAGCAUCCAGGAGGGGAAGUACGAGUUUCCUGACAAGGACUGGGCACACAUCUCCUUUGGAGCCAAAGACCUCAUUUCCAAGCUGCUGGUGAGAGAUGCCAAGAAGCGGCUCAGCGCAGCCCAGGUCCUGGAGCACCCCUGGGUGCAGGGGUGUGCCCCGGACAAUACCCUGCCAACCCCCAUCAUCCUGCAGAGGGCACAGAGAGAUGUCUUCCUUUCCUCCCACGCUCCGGCUGGCGGCUCCCUGGGCAUGCAUGGGUGCUCUUGUGCCAGCCGGCUCCUGCCCCCGCACCAUCUCCACCUCACACUGCCUGGCAAGGAGAUGCCAUCGGUGGGGACAACACUGGCCAGUGGUUUCUGGCUGAGCAGGUCCAGCAGGAGCAGCAGGGAUCACCCCCUCGUUCCCAAAACCGUCCCUCAGAGACUGACCCUGACCUCCUCAAGGCUCACCCCCUGUGUCUCUCAGACUGCCCCUCAGGGAUGGUCCCCAUCCUUUUCAGGGAUCAGCCCUUCAGGGAUCAUCCCCUUACUUUCCCUAAGGGAUCGUCCCCUCAUCCCCCAAACUGUCCCCAGGGAUCGCCCAUCAAAAUUGUCUUUCUCAUUCCUCCACACUGGUUCCUCAGGGUCUCAUUCCCUCUUGCCCAAAAGUGCCCUUCAGGGAUUGCUCCCCUCUGCUGCUCGUCAGGGAAAUGCCCCGUUACCCUCAAAAGAUCCCCCAGGGAUCGCCCCCUCAUCUCCAGAAGUGCUCCUCAGGGAUGGACCCUCAUCCUCCUCAAGGAUCGCCCCCUCAGGAAUCAUCCCCUUAGGUAUCACCCCCUCACUCCCCCUCGCAUCGCCCUCCAUCCUCCCCCUCCGUGCCGGCCCCGCCCGCCGCCCCACGCCCUCUCCCCGCCCCGCCGCCGCCUCCGCCGCUCCCCCGUGCCCGGCCGGCGGCGGCGCCCGCCCCAUGCGCCGCUGCUGCCCGGCGCUCUGCAUCCGCACCGCCAUCGACGCCACCGCCAUCGACGCCACCGCCGACAUCUCCGCGGCCCUCGCCCCCGUCCCCGUCCCGCCUGCCGCCGUGUCCCGCCCGCCGCUGCUGGUGCUGGUGCUGCUGCAGCGCCGCCCCGCGCCGCCCGCCCCCGCGGCCCCGCCGCACAAGAUGGCGGCCGGAGGGAGCGGCGGCCCCGGCGGCCUCUCCUCCUCCUGCCCGCAGCCGCCGCCGCCCCCGCCGGGCAACGGGGCCGCGGCCGCCGCCUGCACCAACGGCGCGCCCGCCUCGCCGCCCGGCCUCACCUACAACCAGAGCGGCGCCGCCAACCCGCCGGCGGCCAGCGGCGGCGCGGGGGGCCCGGCGGCGGCGGGGGCGGCGGGGGCAGCCGGCGGGGCGGGCGGUCCUGGCGGGGCGCUGCAGCGGGAGCCGGUGUACAACUGGCAGGCGACGAAGCCGACGGUGCAGGAGCGGUUCGCGUUCCUCUUCAACAACGAGGUGCUCAGCGACGUGCACUUCCUGGUGGGGAAGGGCCGCGGCUCCCAGCGCAUCCCGGCGCACAGGUUCGUGCUGGCCGUGGGCAGCGCUGUCUUCGAUGCGAUGUUCAAUGGUGGGAUGGCCACAACCUCCACAGAGAUUGAGCUGCCUGACGUGGAGCCUGCUGCCUUCCUAGCUCUGCUCAAAUUUCUUUACUCAGACGAAGUUCAGAUCGGACCAGAGACUGUUAUGACAACACUUUACACAGCUAAGAAAUAUGCAGUUCCAGCCCUUGAAGCUCAUUGUGUGGAGUUUCUUAAAAAAAACCUCAGAGCAGACAAUGCAUUCAUGCUAUUAACUCAGGCCCGGCUGUUUGAUGAGCCCCAGCUGGCCAGCCUGUGCCUGGAGAACAUAGACAAGAACACCUCAGAUGCCCUCAAUGCAGAGGGGUUUACAGACAUUGACCUGGACACGCUGGUGGCAGUGCUGGAGAGGGACACGCUGGGCAUCCGGGAGGUUCGCCUGUUCAACGCCGUCGUGCGCUGGUCCGAGGCCGAGUGUCAGCGGCAGCAGCUCCAGGUGAUUCCAGAGAACAAGCGGAAGGUUCUGGGCAAAGCUCUCUCCCUUAUCCGCUUCCCACUGAUGACUAUUGAGGAGUUUGCAGCAGGGCCUGCCCAGUCGGGGAUCCUGACGGACCGGGAGGUGGUGAGCCUGUUCCUGCACUUCACCGUCAACCCGAAGCCGCGGGUGGAGUUCAUCGACCGGCCCCGGUGCUGCCUGCGGGGCAAGGAGUGCAGCAUCAGCCGCUUCCAGCAGGUGGAGAGCCGCUGGGGGUACAGUGGGACGAGUGACAGGAUCAGGUUCUCAGUAAACAAAAGGAUAUUUGUAGUUGGGUUUGGAUUAUACGGAUCCAUACACGGGCCAACAGAUUACCAAGUAAAUAUCCAGAUCAUCCACACAGACAGCAACACGGUCCUGGGGCAGAAUGACACCGGCUUCAGCUGCGACGGCUCCUCCAACACCUUCCGGGUCAUGUUCAAGGAGCCUGUGGAGAUUCUACCCAACGUCAACUACACAGCCUGUGCUACUCUGAAGGGUCCAGAUUCCCACUAUGGAACCAAAGGACUGCGCAAAGUGAUCCAUGAAUCACCAACAACGGGAGCCAAAACCUGCUUCACGUUCUGUUACGCGGCUGGGAACAACAACGGCACCUCCGUGGAGGAUGGACAAAUCCCAGAGAUCAUCUUCUACACAUAGUGCCACUGCCAGCCCGCCCUGGACUCGGCUCUUCCCUGCCACCUCCCAAACCAAAUCUCUGGCUGAGUUUGACCACACCAAUUGGAGCCACACUAGCCAAAGGUCCCAGUGAAAUCAUUUCAAAGCUCAUCUUCUGCCUUGUGCUAGUGCUGCUGCUGCUCUCAGGUGCCAGGCCAGCUGGUGUCCCAGUGCAGCCCAGCUGGUGUCCCAGUACCAUUUGUACGUUGUCUGUGGCUUGUUGUUUUUCACUCCUGAUUAACCCUAUCUAACAACGUGCGUUUUUUGGACUGUAAUGAAUGUAGAUGCUUUUCCACCGGUCAGAAACAAGGCAACGAGUGGCUCUGGUUGUGGUUUCACUUGCCAUGAGGAGAUGGUCCUGCAGACAGACUCGGUCAGGGCUGGGUGGCCUCAGCUCAGCAGUCCAGGCCACACUGCAGGGCUUGGCCAGCCCGUGUGCAGCACCUUCCCUCCCUCCCAGCAGCCUCAGCACACAGAGCCGCCUUCAAACUCAUGGGAAGUGGCCUUUUCCCUGAGGCUUUGCUGUUCCAGCACUACACAGGCUUGGAGACCUCAAAGCUGAGCUCCUCUGGAGGGACUGAGGCAUUUUCCUGCUCUCCCCACUGAUCUGUGACAAUCUUCAUCUCGGGCAGUUGGUGGCAGCGAGGUGACCUCCCUGCAGAGUGGUGAGGGGCAGCUCCUCCUGCAUUCUGAGUCCCCGUGGUGCUGCUUCCACACCCCUGGCACUUCCCAGGUGUUGGUGAUGCUCAGCUCACCCCUGAGCAGCCCCAGCUCUGUUGUCACUGGUCGUUGUCCUUUGCAGAGUGCCAGGGUUUGUCAGCUGAAGCAGAAGGGCACCUGCCUCACCUGUUCCAGGGCAUUCCUGCAGUUUCCAUGCACGUUUCCAUGCAUUUCCCUCUGUUCCUGUGCAUUGCUGCCUCACCCCUGCUGCCCUGAUGGAAGCUGGAGGAGAGGCUGGAUGUGCACCUGCCUGUUACCUAGAAUGCAGCAGAUGGACAAGGAUUUACCAAAUGGUUCAGGAAAAGGUGGAAUAUUCUCUGUGCUGAUGUGUGUUUGCACACUGCCUGUCGGCCAGGCACAGCAGAGGGAUCACAAACAUCACCUGCUGAGCUGUGGAGCUCGGUGACCUUGAAGAGACCCCUUGUUCAGGCCCAGCUGCUUUUCCCCGUGGCUGGUCCUGGGCUGCCUGACCAGCCCCACCCUCACUGCCCACGAGUGAAGACCACGAGACUCUUCCUCCCCUCCUCUGGAAUUAAGCUCAGCCUGGCAGGAAGAGCAGAGCCAGCGGAGUCUGCGUGGGACUGGCUGGGGUGGUGCUGCCUCAGGGCCCCUUCUCCAACCUCCUGCUCCAGCACACGGAGCCACUGCCACUCUCUGGGCAGCUGCUGCCCCUGGAUUUCACUGCUGGAAGUCGAAACCUGGCUGUCCUUGGCUGGAGCACGGCUCCUCCUCCUCCUCCUGCUGCCCCAGCCGGGAUCCUGGGGCUGUGCUGCCUGCAGUCUCCUCCUCAGCCCUGCAGCAGCAGCCUGGGAAUGCCCUGCACCUCCUCAGCAGUAGCUGUUAGAGAUGCCCAGAGUGUGUUCUGUGCUCCAGGGAGAUGGUGUGAGCUGUGCAUUGUCAGCCUGCUUCCAGGUGGGAUGGUUCUAAUAUGGCCAGUACUAAAAAAAUAGAAAAAAAUAGAAAAAAAUCCCAACCUGGGUCCACGACCUGGUGACUGAACCCGACUCAGUGCAAUGCAAACAGGGCUGUGGGAUGGAUUCACAGACUCUGUGUCCGUCAGGCUGUCUGUGACUGCCUGCUUCUGUCACCACCCCUCUCCCAAGGGUGGUGGCAAUGUCACUGCUGGCAGCCAGGGCUCAUGUUGGGGUAGCACCUUCCCAGGGGCUCUGAUCUGGGUUCUGCACCUCGGGGCAUCAGGUACAGGUGGAAAAAGUGGAAUAAUUGGAAUUUGAGAGAAGCAGAGCUUGGCUCUGUGAGCAGGGCUGGGGCAGGCCCUGCCCAGCUGAAGGGGGACCUCCCUGGCUGUUCCCUGGAAGUUCUGUUGUUCUCAUGAUUAUUUUGUUACACAGAUUCUUGUCCCAAAUCCCACCUUCCUGCCCUCCCUGCCCGGGGCAGGUCUGGCAGCUUGUCCUGUCACGGAGGGAGAGGAGUCAAACUCUGAACUACAGCUGAGCAACUUCUGUUCUUAUGGCUUUUCUGCAGUUUGAUGCAAUUCUGGCUUCUGUAGAUAGAUGAAUGUAAUUCCUUGUUGGACAUGCCUGUUCCCAGCAGUAUGAGCCAUUCUGUUGUACCACGUCACCUUCCAGCAGAGCGGGCCCCGCCCGGCUCCUGUGCUCUUUGAUGAAUGUAUCCGAUGCUCUCGUCCCGUGUUCACACUCUGCUUUUUGGCCAGCUUUGUGAUUUGUAAAUAGGAAAACAAUAAAGACAUCGAGGUUGUCUUUA